AUGGGGAAUUGGAACUUCUUUCAUUUCAUGGGAUUCAUAUUUUUGUCUGCUUUUCUCUCUUCCAAAAUAUGCCUGGCUAGUGUUCGAAAAUUUGGCAAGAUUACUCCGCCUUUCGAAGGGGCUCAGAUGAAUUGGAUUGAUAAUAACGGGUUGUUUCUAUUAUCUAACAGUUCUGAAUUUGGUUUUGGCUUCGAUACUACUCCCCAAGAUGUCACAUUGUUUCUGUUAGUUAUUGUCCACAUGGACAGUUUGACAGUAGUCUGGACUGCAAAUAGGGUGUCCCCGGUUUCAAAUUCUGAUAAAUUUGAGUUUGAUGUUAAGGGCGGUGUGUUCUUGCAGAAAGAUGGAAGUGUGAUUUGGUCUGUGGAUACUGGUGGUAAAAAUAUUUCUGCAAUCGAAUUGCAGGACUCAGGAAAUUUGGUUUUGCUUGGAGAUGACAGUGGGGUAGUUUGGCAAAGUUUUAGCCAUCCAACUGAUACCCUAUUAUGGAACCAGAAUUUUCUUGAUGGAAUGAAACUUGUAAGCAAUCCUAGCUCCAACAACUUGAGCUAUGUUCUUGAAAUCAAGUCCGGGGACAUGAUUCUUUAUUCAGGUUUCCAAACACCACAGCCUUAUUGGUCUAUGGCUAAAGAAAACCGUAAAACUAUUAACAAAGACGGUGGGGUGGUCACUUCAGCAUCUAUCAGUGAAAAUUCAUGGAAGUUCUAUGAUCGAACCAAAGCGUUGUUGUGGCAAUUUAUUUUCUCGACUGAUACUGAUGCAAAUGCCACAUGGAUUGCGGUGUUAGGAAGUGAUGGAUUUAUCACUUUUAACAAUCUUCAGAAUGGAGGGUCAAGUGGUCCUUCAGGAACAAAAAUACCAAGCGAUCCUUGCAGCACCCCGGAACCUUGUGAUGCAUAUUUUGAAUGUUACAGUAACAACAAGUGUCAGUGCCCUUCAGGUCUCAGCUCCCGUCCAAAUUGCAAGGCGGGGAUUGUCUCCUCAUGUGAUAGUUCAAAGGGUUCUACAGAACUUGUAAAUGCUGGCGACGGGCUCUAUUAUUUUGCACUGGGAUUCCUUCCACCCUCUUCAAAAACUGAUUUGAACCGUUGCCAAACGUCUUGCCUUGGAAACUGUUCAUGUGUUGCUUUGUUCUUCCAAAACAGUACAAGAGAUUGCUUUUUGUUUGACAGGAUAGGUAGCUUCCAAAAUUCAGACAAGGGAUCUGGCUUUGUUUCUUACAUUAAGGUCUUGAAAGAUGGAGGCAGUGGUACUGGGGCGAGCAGCAGCAACAAGAAACACUUUCCGUAUAUUGUGGUCAUAGCCAUCUCGACAAUACUUGUUAUUUGUGGCUUACUUUAUGCUGGAUAUCGAUACUACAGGAGGAAGAGAAAAUCCCCAGAAUCUCCUGAGAAUUCAGAAGAGGACAAUUUCUUUGAAAAUUUGACUGGGAUGCCCAUCCGUUUCAGUUACAAAGAUCUUCAAACUGCAACUGACAACUUCUCGGUGAAGCUUGGGCAAGGAGGUUUUGGCUCAGUUUACGAAGGCAUUCUCCCAGAUGGAACUCGAGUGGCUGUGAAGAAAUUGGAAGGCAUUGGUCAGGGAAAGAAAGAGUUUCGAGCUGAAGUCAGCAUCAUUGGCAGUAUCCAUCACCUGCACUUGGUCCGGCUCAGGGGCUUCUGUGCAGAAGCAAGCUAUCGACUUCUUGUUUAUGAUUACAUGGCAAAUGGAUCUCUGGAUAAAUGGAUCUUCAAGAAAAACAAGGGAGAAUUCCUGUUGGAUUGGGAGACAAGAUUCAAUAUAGCAUUGGGUACGGCUAAAGGACUAGCUUAUCUCCACGAAGAUUGCGAUUCAAAGAUUGUUCACUGUGACAUAAAGCCUGAAAACGUUCUGCUCGACAAUAAUUACCUUGCCAAAGUCUCAGAUUUUGGUUUGGCAAAGCUAAUGACCAGGGAGCAGAGCCAUGUUUUCACAACACUAAGAGGAACUCGAGGGUACCUUGCACCAGAGUGGAUCACCAACUAUGCCAUAUCAGAGAAGAGUGAUGUGUAUAGCUAUGGAAUGCUACUGCUAGAGAUCGUUGGUGGGAGAAAAAACUACGACCCGACAGAGACUUCUGAAAAAUCUCAUUUUCCAUCAUAUGCCUUCAAGAUGUUGGAAGAAGGCAAACUGAAGGACAUCCUUGAUAGGAAGCUAGGGAACGUUGAAGCAGACGAGAGGGUACACACAGCCAUUAUGGUUGCUCUAUGGUGCAUACAAGAAGACAUGUCUUUGAGGCCAUCAAUGACCAAGGUUGUCCAAAUGCUUGAAGGCCUCUUUCCUGUUCCUCAGCCUCCAGCUGCCAACUCAAUGGGUUCUCGCCUUUUUUCGAAUUUCUUCAAAUCGAGCAGCGAGGAGGGAACUUCCUCAGGACCAUCCGACUGCAACACUGAUGCCUACCUUUCUGCAGUGCGCCUUUCGGGCCCAAGAUAA